AUGGAGACCAGCGCGGGCGAGAGCAGCCCGUCCCUGGCUGCGGGCGGCGCAGAUGACCUCGACGUCUGGUCCAACUCGGAUGCCGACUCGUCGUACGGGGACCUGGCCUCGGAAACGGCCUCGCUGACGUCCAGCAUCAUGGCCGGCCACUACGAGAACGGGCGGCGGUACCACGCCUACCAAGCCAGCGGCGAGUACAUUCUGCCCGACGACGAGCAAGAGCAGGACAGACUGGACAUCAAGUAUGCCUCCAUACAGCUCGUCUUCCGCGACAAGGUCACGUUCGCGCCUGUCCACCAUCCUCAGCAAAUCCUCGACAUCGGCACCGGAACCGGCAUAUGGGCCAUCGAUGCUGCCGAGCACUUUCCCAGCGCUACCAUAACCGCCACUGACUUGAGUCCCAUCCAGCCUACGUGGGUCCCGCCCAAUGUCAAGUUUGAGAUUGACGACGCCGAGGCAGACUGGACCUGGCCGCUCGCCCACUUCGACCUGGUGCACAUGCGCACCAUGACGGGCUGCAUACGCGACUGGGACAAGCUCUUCGCCCAGGCCUACGACCACACCAAGCCCGGUGGCUACAUCGAGCUCCAGGAAAUGGACUACAUGGCCGUCAUUCAGCCCACGUCCCGCAACCCUGGCACCUCGUUACACACGUGGUGCGUAGAGCAAGGCAAGGCCGCGCUCAAGGUCGGCGUGAACCUGCGGACGAGCGUCGAUUUCCUGAAGGCGUCGCUGCUAAAGGCAGGCUUCGUCGACGUCGUGGUCGACGAGUUCAAGCUGCCCAUCGGUCCCUGGCCCAAGCAGAAGCGCGUCCGAGACGCAGGCCUGCUGCAGCUGAGCGCCAUGCUCGAGGGCAUCGAGGGCCUCAGCCUACGACUGCUCAAGUUCUACGACGGCUGGACGCUCCAAGAGCUGCACGUGCUGCUCGCCAAGGUGCGAUCCGAACUGAAGGACCCCGGCUGCCAUGCCUAUUGGCCGCUCUUCGUCGUCGUCGGUCGGAAGCCCCUGUCGUAG